AUGGACGCGGACGAAUCCGCGGACCAUCACAUUUUGAGCGUCCGGCAGGGCUUACAUGGUUGGUUUUCAUUAUUUAACUAUUCAUUGUCUUUUUUUUGAAAUUCCAUGUCAAUUUGGUCCGUUUUGAGAUGAUUUUGUCGAUUUUUGUCCGAAAAAUGAGUAAUUUUUGAGUUGAGAAAGGAAUUUAUAGCUAUUUGGGGCUUUACUUGGGGUUUUUUUUCAGGUUUAUAUUGAAUUAUUAAAUGAUUUUAGGGUUUUAUCGAAAUUUCAAAAUGUUUUUUUUUUGGAAAUCAUCAGACUUUUUUUAUAAGUUUUAAAAAUGAAAAAGACUUGAAGAAGGUUUUUUUCGGUAGUAUUUUAGCAGGGAAUUUUUAUUUUAAGAUUUAAAAAAAUGAUUUUUGAAAUUUGAAAUUUUUACAUGUCAUUCCAAUAUUAGAAGUGCUAUUAAGAAUAUAAAAAUUUUGAUAAUUUUUUUGAAAAAUUUUUUUAGUUUCCACUCAAAUUCGAUGAUAUAAUGUUCAAAGUAAUUACCGCGAAACGCAAAAUUAUCUCUGACUCUCCAAAAUUUAGUUAUCUUUUUUCACUCUCUGACGGCAAUUUCGAAUUUCCAUGACACUUUGUUCACGUUUCCAUCCUCGAUUUUUCAACCCUUAUUUGAACAAGAGUUCACUGAUAUCGAUUGAUGCGGCCAGCAUCGCUGACUGAUUUUUAUCGCCAGGCGGCGAUAAAAUUGAAAAGAAGAAAAAAAGAACGUGAAGUUUGACAAAUAAGGGCAAUCGGGUGUAUCAGCUUGAAAUUUUGAGGGCUUUUUGGUAGUUUUUGAACAAUUUAUUGGGUGAAAAUGGAGUUUUUUUCGCAAGUUCCAUAUGAUUUUGAGGCUAGAAAGGGCUUUUUUUUCCGAUUUUUUUAGAGUUCUGUGGAAGUUUUUAGUUCAGAAAUAAGAAAAGAGGGUUAAUUUACGACUUUUGAAGAUUAUGAAAAAAAUAAAUUUUUAGUGGUAUUUUAUGAUUUUUCAAGAAGAUGGUAGAAGCAAGUAGUGCAAAUUGGGUUCAAAAUGGGUUUUGAGGGCUUUUUGGCAGUUUUUGAACAAUUUAUUGGGUAAAAAUGGAGUUUUUUGCAAGUUCCAUAUGAUUUUGAGGCUAGAAAGGGGGUUUUUUUCCGAUUUUUAGAGUUCUGGGAAAGGUUUUGGUAGAAUUUUGAAAUAUUGGGUAAUUUACGACUUUUAAACAUUAUGAAAAAUAGAUUUUUGGUGGUAUUUUAUAAAUUUUUGAGAAAAUGGUAUAAGAAAGUAGUGCAAAUUGGGUUCAAAAUAAGUUUUGAGAUUGUAAAUUUCCAAUUUAAGGUAUGUCUUUCACUAGAUUUUGUCAAAUUAUCAAUUUUCCAAAAAAAUUGAUAAUUUUUUUAAUUUACAGUAUAUUUUUGCAUUACCAAGGAUCGUUGAACUUCAAAAAAAUAGUAUAUUUUUUCCUUUAAAAGUGAAAAAAAGCGAUUUUUGCCUUAGUUUUUCCCUCCAACUCUAUUUGCCAGUACAAAUAAGAACUGUACGAUUGCGUGAUUGAUGGAGGAAGCUGACGAAUACAUAGAAGUCGUCAAUUAUGAAUGACAGCGGCGGCGGCGGAGGACCUAGUGAAACGGGAAACUCAUGUAGCGAACGCUCCUUUUUUUUCUCAUUCAUUUUCUUCGUCUUGGCGCUUUCCAAACGCUGUUGCCGACACCAGUUGCGUGCGUCCGUUUGCCCCAAAUAUCGAAAAAGGGACAAAGAUUUUUUUCUGAGGAGGAAGAAAAGUUGCAGGGAAUUUUUGACGGGUUAUAUUGAUUUAGAAAAAGAAGGAAGCUAUUUCCAGUAGAUUUUUAGCUUUUAGUGAGAAAUAUAUUUUUAUGAAUUCGAAUCUAGACAUUGAGAGUUACAAUUCUACCGGUAACCUAUCCAAAAAAAAUUUUUUUAAGUUCCUUCCUCGUUUUUUCGGACCUUAAAAUGACCCGAUCGCUCUUUUUUUCACCUUCUUUCGUUUUUUUCCUUCUGUUUGAGUGAAUGGGGCUGUCCGCGAAAUGCUCUUGUGCUGUUGCUUGCGUCAAUAGACGGGUCAUGGACCAUCCGAGACGAAAAAAAAAGUAGAAAAAAAGAGUGGACCUUUCCAUUUGAGAUUUUUUUUUUGUUUAGAAGAAGUUUUAAUGGAUAAUUAAUAUAAAUAAUAAGGAGUUAUGAGCUUGGGAAGAAGAGAAUGAGAGAGAAAGUUACUAAAGUCACUUGCUUUGAACUUGUUUGGAAAUAAAUUAUUUGAAGCCGGAUUUUUCAAGGUUGUCGUGAGACUUGCGCAUUGUCCGCAAAAGAAUGUGUGUGCACAGAAUUCGAACCUACUGUAAUAUUUUCUCAAAAAAAUUUUUGGGAUUAAAAAAAUUAUUUUUUUGCAAAAAAAUCGAGUUUUUCUCUAAAAAUUUUGAAUAAAAGUUCAUUUACAGUAGCUUUCUGAAGUGUUUCAAAAAGCCAUAAACUGAUAUGACCGAAAUUAAAACGGAAAAAAAUCUGAAAACAAUUUCUAAUAACCUUUUUUUCAAAUGUUUUUUUUAAAGUUUUUAGAUAGAAUGAUUGGGUUAAAAAAAUUUUUAAAUUUCAGAAUUAUUUGGACCGUUUGAGCAGUUUUGCGACCGAGUUCAAAAAAAGUACAGCAUGGAGUUGCACAGGUUCGUUGAUUUUUGCUUUAUAUAUUUCACUCUGUUUGUUUCAGUCAGGGUUUUUACCUGUUGGCCGGGCAAGCCCCUCAGUUGCUGGCGCUUCGCCAAUGCACAUGCCAGUACCUGUUCAUUUGGCCCUUCAGGUGAAUUUUUGACAAUUCUUUAAAAGUUAUAAUAUCUAAUUCAGAGCAUGAGAAAUUUGGUUGACGAGCCCCUCUCGUCAUUACCACCAUCCCUGCCGAUUUUGAAAGCUGCCAAGAGAGAUAGAGUUUGUCUUCUUUCCAAGUUUUAAUAUAAUUUGAUUUUUUUUCCAGCAAGAUUACCUUAACACGGCACCAAGCUCUUCACGUGCUCCCGAUGCCGUAGAAUCUACGGAAAAUGAUCGAUUUUCGGAAGAAGCCAGAAGGAAACGAAAACGAGAUCGGCAAUAUAAAGAGCAUAGUGAUGUCGAUUCGGAUAAGUAGGAAUUUAUUUGAAUUUCAAAAGUUCAUAUUUCUGUUCUAGUGAUCGUCGGAAAAGGGUCCGCCAAGCGGAAAACCAAGAAACGAAUUCGGAUUAUGAUGUCGUCGCCCUGCGAGAAAAUCGACAGCGAAACCAUCAUGUCAGCUCUCCGGCCAUAGCGAAUGGAAGUUUGCUCCGACGCGGAAGCGAUCAUUACAUUCAGUCGACGUCUUACAAGGUUUUCCCCAUUGAUUUUUGAAAAAUAACAAAGUUUCAGGGACCCCCCGACAAGAACUGCUUGACCAAUGGAGAUUCCGGUUCACAGGCGGCCAUCAGCCCCGAUUCUGGCGUCCAUUCGACGGAAAAUGAUCCCGACCAGUGUGAUGAGAAUCAUUCUGUCGAGAACAUGCUCAAUAUCAUGAUGUUAGUUGUUUUUUUUUUUAUUACUGUGUUUUAUCAAAAAUAACUCACACGAAAAAAAUUUUGGUUAUAUUUUAUUUUUCUGUCAAAUUUCCUUUCCUUUGUUAUAGUUCCAUGUAAACUUGUGUGUUCUGAGGGAUUUUAGUGGCCCCGAUAGGGUUGGGGACGAAAAAGUGGUCCCUAUAGGGAUCAAAUCAAGGUGGUCUCUAUAGGUGUUCAGAGUCUGACCCUUAGCUUCUAAAGCUUAAGUGGUCCCUAUAGGGGUCUCUCAAAAAAAUAUUCAAAAAAACGCUUAUUAAUUCACUCUUUCGCAUCUGAAUGCUUCUACUCAUAGAUUACAUAAAAAUUAUCGACUAUCAUCUUCAUUAUAGGGGUCACUAACUAAAAACCCCAUAGUGAUCACUUUGGCAAGCUUUAUUGCUCCUUUAUGGGUUGGUAAAGUGGUCCCUAAUGCUGCCCCUACAGGGACCACUCUGGGGUUUCUAAAAUAGUACAGAAUUUUUUCAAAAUUUUAUUCACUCAAUUUUUGCGGUUGAUCAACGAUUUAUAUAAAUACUUGAAAGUUUAGACUCUAAUUAUUAUUUAUUUGCUGGAAGGGUCGAAAAAAAGUCAAUAGUCCUGAAAUUUCUUUUGAUAAUUUUUAAGGUUCGAGCCACCACCACAACUGUCGCCAAUUCGCGAAAGACCGACGGAUAAAGUCGCCGAAUGGCAACGAGAGAAAGACAAACAUGAGGAGGAUGAACGACGAGCCAAGGAGCGCGAAAGGGAGGAAAGGAGGAAAGCUGCGGUAAAAUCUUCAAAAGUGAUUCCAAAUAUACUGUGAACAUUUCCAGGAGAAGGCUGAACAAGAACGGAAAGCGCUCGAAAGAUUGGAACUGGAGAGAAAAGAGACUGAACGAAAAGAACAAGAAAGGAAGAAGCAGGAGAAGAAAGAGCAAGAACGACUGAAAGCCGAAGCCCUGGCAGCACGGGAACGACGUCACUCCGGUGGAUCGGGCUCCUCGAAAUCCAGUGGCUAUGAAAAGCGCAAGGAGAAGGAUAGGAGUGCCAAGGACAAGGCGAAGGAGCAGAGGAGGAAGGAGCGAGGUUUUAGAAUGAUCUUCAUCUUGGUUCUAUUGUUGAUGUUUAGAAAAAGAAAAAGCUCGCGAGGAAGAGGAGAAAAAGCGCAAGGAGAAGGAGAGAAAACGAAAGGAGGAGAAGGAGAAAGAAGAAAGGGAGAAGGAGCAGAAGGAACAGAAGAAAAAGGUCCCUGAGGUGACUUUUUGCCAUUCAUUUGGUCUAAAAUGGUCUAGAAGCUGUAUAUAUUCAAAAGUGCGAAAGAAAAAAAACUUUAAAUAAUUUUUUCAGCCCGCCUCCAAGAAGAACGUCGUCGCUUCCAAGACGGAGACUUUCGCCGCCCAGCAAAUGAAAAAGAAGGAGAAACACCGCCUGAAAGACCUCACGGCCAUGACGUCAUCCUCGUCGUCGUCCGGCUCCUCGGUAGCUUCUUCGGCGCCUGGCUCCAGAAGUCCGACCCCACGAUUGCCCUCUCCCCUCUCCAGACCUUCAACAGCUGGCUCAGAAGUCAAAGGAGGCAAGAUCAGCCUGGAAAACAUCGCCCCCGACAGAAUGGCCAAACUCGUCGAACUCGCCAAAAAGCACGGUCGACUGAGGGAACCACUGAAAGAGAGAAAGAAGCCCGCACCUGUCGAGGAGAAGCCCAAGAUCAAGGAGAAGGAGAAAGAGAAGAAGCCGAAGGAGAGCGAGCAGGAGAAGAAGGAAAAACCCAAGAAGAAGGAGGAACAGAAGGCGCCGCCACCGAAGAAGGAAGCUAGUCUCGAGCCGAAGGCUGUCACUUCAUUGAGACCUGCGGUUGGUUUUUUUUAGGGUCAUUUUAACUUUCUUCCGAACCUUUGAACCUAUGUUGAAUCCUGAGAAUGAAUGGAAGCUGGAAAGUCUUAAGAAGGCCUUGCCAAGGUGUUCAGAAGGUAGUUGAACGGUUAAAAAAUGAAAAGGCUUCUGGAAGGUAGGUAGAGGUGGGAGGGUAUGUGAAAGACGUUUGACCACUUGCUGGUAAGCUUCCUUUUCCUUCCGAGAAACCAAAAGCUUCCGAACUCAAAUCAUUCUUGUUUCUUUCCAGUCGAGCCUCAACGUUCCAUCACCCCGCCCGUCGUCGUCCCUGUCGGAAGCUCAAGGCUGGGCUCCGUCAUCCCUGUGUGCAGUGACGCCGAACACGUCGGUCUCGAAGACGUCGACGCCCCGACCCGACAGCAGCGCUUCCCUGAGCAGCGGCAGUGCGAUGAAGACGACGCCUCCGCCGACAACGACGAUGGCCCCGACGACGUCGGCCACCCGAUCUCACUGGACCUGCUGCUGGCGCAACGCCCGACCAACCGAGGCUCAAAGGCUACCCGUCCCCGAGCCCGGCGCCGACAAGUAUACGUUCUUCAACAAGAUCGGCAAGGAGCACAAACAUCGCGGAGAUCGUCAGGUUUGAAUAAUUUUCCGUUGAAAUCUAGGCAUUUUUUUUAAUCCUUUAAGUGAGCCCUUAAGUGGUAGUCGCGUUUUUUAGUGUACGUACAUAAUUCAGAAUAACUUGAUCAAAGAACUUUUUGCAAAUUAAGGGACUUUUUUCUAACUAAAAAAACGAAAAUAAAACUUAGAAAUUCCAGAGUGGUCCCUAUAGGGUUUAGGAUGGGUCCCCUUAGCCCCUAAGGCUCAAGUGGAUCCUAUAGGGGUUUUUCAAUUUCAUUCAAAAAGCGCUUGUUUUUUUUUUCCUAUGGUAAUGCUCCCCUAUAGGGGCCACUAACUAGAACCCCUAUGGGGACCACUUUUGCAAGCUUUAGUGGCCCCUAUAGGGAUCGGCAAAGUGGUCCCUAAGGUCGCCUCUAUAGGAACGAAGAAUGUAGAAUAGUUGGCUACAAUUAAAAUCACAAGAUCCUGGUAUUUUUCAGCCGAACAAGACGAUCCGAUUGCUCGACUACCUGGAGGCGACUGUUUAUUUCGUCGCCGCCGUCUUCAAAGGCAGAGUCACCGGCCAGCAACAGUACAGCACUCUGAGAGAAUCGACCGAAUUCUUGAGGUUUCCAGGAUUUUCAAAAUGAAAAAAAAAAUCAAAUUUUUGUUCCAGACAUGCUGCCCUGAACAUUCUGAAAGCGACCAACGACCCGCAGGCGAUGCACAUGAUUCCCCGCGUCAAGAUUCUCUCUCAAGUCGCUCUCUCCAGCCUGCAUUAUCAUUGCUAUCUGCUUCGCAAAGAGGUGGGAAAAUGAACUGAAAAUUGAAAAGAAUGAUUUUCAGCAAAUCCACAAGACCCAACGGUCGCUCGACAAGUAUGAACGCCAGCUGGUCAAGGAGCUGACCGGAAACGCCGCCUCGACGCCAAAACCCAACGGAAUCGCGCCACCGCCACCACCGCCGCCGCCCCAGGCGAAUCGUCUGGCUGCCGUCGCCGCGACUGCUGCCCCGGUCUCGUCGUCGUCGUCGCCGACCACGGCUGGCACCACGCCGAACGCCAAUGUUCCGUCGCCCGCUAGCUCGAAUGCUGGCGCCAAUCCGGCUCCUUCCACUACUUAUGUCCGUUUUUGAAGAACUUGCGAAGCUUUUUAGAUAAAGCUUGGCUCUCAGAAAGGGUUUUAAGCAAAAAUAUUCAUUCUCUCGUCUAUCUUUCCAAAACUUAUGUUCGUUUUUGAAGGUCGAAGAGCAUUUUGAAGAACUUGAGAAGCUUCUAGACAUAAUUUGGCUCUCAAAAAGGUUUUUAAGCAAAAAUAUUCAUCCUCUAGGCUAGCGUGAAUUUUUCCACUACUUGUGUCCGUUUUUAAAGCUUUCGGAGUUAUUUUAAAGAACUUUUUAGACAUAAUUUGACACUGGAAAAACAUUUAUUCUCUCAAUCCUUACACUGCUCAUUUUCCUUCUCAGCCCUCUACAUUAAGCUGAACUUUUUUCCUAAUAAAAAUUCAUUAAAGCUUGCUAUUUUCCAGGUUCUGGUCAACACCUGCAUGGUUGAACUGUACCGUCAGCAAAUGCGAAUCUUUUACACCACUCUGGCCGCUGAUCAGUCAGUCUUUCCCAUUGCUUCCUCAAUUAUUUUUCAUUUUUUCAGGUUCUGGGCUGACUCCAAGAAGCUAUCUGCGAGCGUGGAUCCCGAGUUUUUGAAGGGGUUUGGACGAACUUAGAUUGAUUUCUAUUGAUUCGAUGAUUCCAGAAUCGAAACGCUGUGCGAUAUUCGGAUCUCCCACGACUGCAGUGUCGACGUCUUGGCGGCGACGAUUCUGACGGGAUCCGCGUGGCUGAAGGCCGAACACGAAGCCGAGAUUAAGCUCCAGCAGCCGUCGUUGAAGAAGGUUUGUGAAUUAUUCGAAAAAAUGCGAAUUUCAUAGAUUUUUGAGCACUUAGGCCAUACAUUUUUGAUUUCUUCUUCCAAGUUUUCAUAAAACAUUAUUAUAGUCCGUUCAGAUUUUGAAUGUCCAGUAGAAUGGCGUCAUUUGAAAACGCUCUCUGAUUGGUUUAUCGCGCCAUUAGGGGGCGGAGCUUGUGAAAUCUGAACAGACUAUACACCUCCCUGAGGCUGAAAAUUGUAUUAAUGAGCUCCCCGAGGUUGAAAAUGGAUCCCUAGCGUCCCUGAAUUCUCGUAAAUCCCUCCUCCCGGGAUGAAUUAGCUCUGUACUUGCCCAUCUACGACUGAGACUCUCAGAAUAACUUUUUUAACGGUUCCAAUGACUUCCUUUUCAUUAUCAACUUCCUUGAUUGAAAAAUAUUCCUCUUAUGAAUUGACUUUCUUCAGGUCCGCGCCGCUUUCGACGUCUCCUUGACGAUUGGCCAGUUCCAAACGGUUCUGUCGAUGAUGCCGCCGGCGCAGACGCUCCAGGCAAUGAUGUCGGCUCCGCCGCCGCCGCUGCCUCCGCCCUUGCCUUCCCAGCCCCCACCGCCACCCCCGCCGCCACCGCCACCACCACCUCCGAUGCCUUGA